GGAAGAGUGUCGGCAUAUAAGGAGUCACAAUGUGUCCUGUGUCUUUCUCCGUCUCAGGCCUUUGGACAGUUCGAUGCGGAGGGGGACGGGGUGGUGGAUGUGGAGAGCAUGCUGAUCGCUCUGAAGAACUCCAACGGAGCCAAUCUGAAGGGAGAGCUGAGUCAUGUGAUCAGACAGCUGCAGGCGUGCUCCCUCACGCCAGGUUUUGUGGACAUCUUCUCCAAGACCAAAGACCGUUUAGGGGCUCACGCCUCUAAGAUCCUUAAAUUCUUACACAGGAAUCGUAUUCCCAGCAGUGCCAUCCCCUUCCCCAUUUUAGAGGGCUACAACAGUAUUUGCACCAUGAGGUCCAGUGUGGUCCAGGACUUCCUGGAGUUCCUCCUGCAGAAGGAGAAAGACUUAGACAUCCAGUACAGAGCGGAGCUGGACCGCGAUCCCGAGGUGGACAAAGUGAAGGUGGUCACACAGUGCUACAGCACCAUCGAAGCGUCGUCCAACGUUACCGACAUUUACAAGAUGACAAACGGGGAAACGGCGUCUUUCUGGCAGUCGGACGGCAGCGCGCGCUCACACUGGAUCAGGCUGAAAAUGAAACCAGAUGUGGUGCUGAGACGUCUGGCCAUCGCCGUGGCUUCCAACGACCACAGCUACAUGCCUCAGUUGGUGUCGGUCGCCGUCGGGAAGAACCGGCGUUCCCUGCAGGAGAUCAGGGACAUUCGCAUCCCCAGUAACGUCACCGGCUACGUCGCCCUGCUGGAGAAUGCCAACAUCACACACCCCUACAUCCAGAUCAACAUCAAGCGGUGCCUGAGCGACGGCUGUGACACGCGGAUUCACGGCCUGAAGACGCUGGGUUAUCAGAUCACCAAAAGUAAAGAGGUGUCCGUUUCGGACGCUUCGGCCAUCUGGUACCUGUCUCUCCUCACCUCCCUGGUCACAGCGUCCAUGGAGACCAACCCUGCGCUGGCUCAGACCGUCCUGCAGAGCACACAAAAAGCCUUACGCCACAUGCCUCCGCUGUCCCUCACGCCGUCGUCCACCGACUUCCCCAAGUUCUUCUCUCUGAACAUCCUGGAGGAGGUGGACGGGUUUCUCCUCAGGAUCGCAGAGUAAGCACACACACACACACACACACACACACACACACACACCCAUCGCUGUGCUCAUCACAAUGAAAAAUCAAAGUAUUGAUUCUUGCCGAUGAUGCGCUGUUUCCAUCCCACGUGGUGUGAACCUUCAGCGGCGCUCGCAGCCUUUAUCAGCGCGAGUGAAAUGAUGUCAUCAGUAAAUGAUCAGCAGUGUGUCUGCGGGCGGUUUAAUCUCACACACAGUCAACACUGACACACACACAUCCAACCACAGGUGGAUUUUACCAGCAGAGACUUAAAACUUUUAGUUUGUCCACUUUCAGACAAAGAAAUGAUCCGUUUU